AUGGAGACGGACGAGGAGUUCAAGCUCGCGGCGAAGCGACUGAAAGCGGAGGGGCAGAGAGCGCUGACGAAGGAGGAGCGCGCGCGAAGGCGCCGCGCGCUCGACGGCCUCGACGUCCCGAACUUCGACGCCUUCGUCGUCGACCGCGGCGCGUCCGCGCUCGUUCGUAAACCCACGACGAUCCUCCAGGUCAACAUCGGUCUGUACUGCAACCAAGCGUGCUCGCACUGCCACGUCGAGUCAUCGCCGCUGCGCAGAGAGGAGGUCAUGUCCGAGGCGGUGGCGGCGCGACUGGUGGAGUUGAUCGACGCGUCGAAAAAAAAGAGCGCGAUCAAGACGCUGGACGUCACCGGCGGCGCUCCGGAGCUCAUGGCGCAGUUCCGGCCUCUGGUGCUCGCCGCGCGGCAGAGAGGGCUCGACGUCAUCGACAGGUGUAACCUCACGGUGUUGUACGAGCCCGGGCAGGAGGACCUGCCGGAGUUUUUGGCGGAGAACGGCGUCAAGGUGGUGGCGUCGCUGCCGUGUUACUCGGAGGCGAACACGGACGCGCAACGCGGCGUCGGCGUCUUCGAGCGCUCCAUCGCGGCGUUGAAACGGUUAAACGAAGUCGGUUACGGUAUCGAAGGCACCGACCUCGAGCUCGACCUCAUGUACAACCCCGGCGGCGCGUUCUUACCGCCGAGCCAGGAGACGUUAGACGUCGCGUACAGAAGCGAGUUGGGCGACGCGUACGGCGUGAAGUUUUCGAAACUUUUCACGCUUACCAACAUGCCGAUCAAACGGUUCGCGGACUACUUACACCGCGAGGGAAAGACCGAGGCGUACAUGAAGCUGCUCGUGGACAACUUCAACCCGGCCGCCGCGGAAGGGGUGAUGUGCCGCGACCUCGUCAGCGUGUCGUGGGACGGGCGUCUGUUCGACUGCGAUUUCAAUCAACAACUGGACAUGCCGAUGAAAGGCGGGAAUGGCGGCGACGGCGGCCUGAGCGUGUUCGACGUCGCGAGCUUGGACGAGCUCGUGGGGCGGAAGCUCGCGGUGGAUAACCACUGCUUCGGGUGCACCGCGGGCGCGGGGUCGAGUUGCUCCGGUUCGACCGCGUAG